AUGUCCCAGAGCUCUGCCACCAGCCGACUAAAUUUUGGCUCUAGUGGUUUUGUCUCAGGCUCUGGUUCUAUCUCCACACCGCUUAUUCCAGGCAACCCUGACACCUUAUACUUCCUUCACCUCGACCAGAUCAGUGUGGGUGCGCAGGGAUCCGUCCUCGUGAACCCAUCAAUGAAGGCGGCCAUUAACGCUCAUCAGGGCAACAUAAUCAUCGACUCCGGCACACCACUCACUUUCAUUGAUAACGAGACGGUGCAAUCAGUGGCAAACAAAGUUGCGAGCAGUGUGAGUUUUCCGAAGGUGGCAGAUCCGAACGGUGUCUUUAAUCUCUGCCUUGAUGUGUCUGGCUCUGGAGCCGACGCCAAGCUCCCUGACAUUACAUUUCACUUCUCCGGUGGUGCACCGGUUGUUCUGCAUGAACACAAUACGUUUGUGGAAGUUGCAGAGAACACGCUGUGCUUGGCUUUCAUAUCUAGUGAUCAUCUCGGAGUUAACAUAUUUGGUAAUAUCGCACAGCAGAAUUUUCAUAUUGGCUAUGAUCUCAACGCCAUGCAACUCACCGUAGCACCUGCGGAUUGUGCCAAUAUGUGA